AAACAUUAAAUGAGCGUUUAUUUGUCCAAUGAUGCUUUUACGCCUUAUAUAUUUUUCGUUCUUUAUGAGCUUUAUUUACUCACAAUCAUGUCGAGAAAGUGACUUACAAGUAAAGAGCACAAGCUGUGAUACUUCUGGAAAUAGAUGGCUUUUCAAAAUACCAAAGGAUGAUAGAGAAUGUGACCUAAACAGCUUGAGUUUACCGAGAAAAGUAGACAAUUGUGGUAAGAAUGUUUUAAAGUUGCUUCAGUUUUUCCAGAAACAACUUGUCCAAGUGGAAUGCAUCUUAACUUAUUGUCACAGAGCUGUGAGGUCUGUCCAUCCGGAACAUAUUCAACAGGUGAUAUGCUUGAAGUAACAAAAUGGGACUCGAUGCCAGACUUUUUGACCUCUGAUACAACUUAUGGAAGUUCAUCCAAUGAAAAAUGCAACUUAACUGGUUGGUCUCCACAGGGUAAAUACUUAGUUGGAAAAACAACAGACAGUUGCACUGUGAUACUUUCAAUGAAAGUUCAUAAUCUUAAGCCCGGAACAAUCACGUUUACAUAUCAAAUCGAAGAAUAUGGAGCAUUGGCCUUCUUUAUUAUAAGAAAUGAACGAUGUACACAAUUACCCGGUGGGAGUUUUCUUUUAGGUCUUACCGGAUCGUACGCAUAUGAAACUGUAACAUUCAGCGUUCCAGUUGGCCAUAAUAUUCUUCAAUGGUAUUUACUUGUUGAAAAUGUUUAUAUACAACAAUUGUAUGGAUUAAAAGAUCCUCAAUUACAUAUUAAAGAAAUUCGUUUAACUGGAACUCCACCAGUGACUGUAUGUACGCCAUGUGCAGCUGGUAGUUUUGGACCACGGGAAAAAGCUAAUCGUUGUGAGUUAUGUCCAAGAGACACAUAUUCAGCUGAAGGAGCCGAAUCAUGUAAAUCAUGUCCAGCAGAUCAGUAUUCAGGUAAUGGAUCUUCAAGUUGUAGUCCACGUCCUCCAUGUAAGAAAGAUGAUUAUACAAGUUAUUGGACAUCGUGUGAUCAACAACAAAUGACACAACGUAAAUGGAAAUGGAUUGAACCAAAAAUAUGUGAUGAAAAUAGUGGUGUUUCUUUACCACAACCAGAAAGUCCAGUUGAUUGUCACAAGUGUCCAACUGGUACAUUCCCAUUAGAUGGUAAUACAUGUGAAUUAUGCUCAGUUGGUAUGAAGAAACAUUUAUCAAAUUUAGAAACUUGUGUUACAUGUCCAACUAAUGAAGUUCCAAUGUAUGGUUUACGUUUUGAUAAUUGGUAUCGUAUGCCGUCUGUACUGAAAUUGGAUUGUUUCAAUUUCUUUGGGACGAAAUGUAAUACAUGGGAACGUGAUCUAACAUUAUUACGUGGUGGAGUUGGCAUGCAUUCAGAUGAAUCGGCAACAUUAGAACUACCAAUUAAGGAUGGUUUUAUUACGGCAUCAAUAAUUGAUUCAACUGACGAGUAUUCUUUUUAUUUUCAACCACCUAUCUCUAAUACAUUUGUACGUAUUGAAUUUCAAUUAGAUUGUGUUGGUAGAUGUCAGUUUUCUAUGAAACAGGUUUUAGUCGCUGGUAAUGAACAAACGAUUGCUAUCUGGGGUGGAUCAUCAAACCGAAGAAAUUUCACGUAUCAUAUAAAAGAUGCAAGUGAAGUUAAAUUCAAAUGGAUUUUUGAAAAACCAAGUUCACCAAUUCAUAUACAAGAUCAUGUAAAUAUUUAUCAAAUUGAAGUAACCAAUGUGAAAAAUGAUAAUACUAUCGGAUGUCAAACAUGUGUCCAAGGAAUUGUCAGUGGAAAGUGUAAAACUUGUCCAUCUGGUCUAUAUUAUUCGGUACAAUAUGAUGAAAUUAAUAAAACAAAUAUUAUUAAUUGUACAAAAUGUCCAAAUAAUUCCAUUGUAGUUGGCGAUGCAUCUAGUUUACAUACAGUUACAGAAGCAUGUCAUUUAUGUGAACCGGGUACAAUUGCAGUGAAUCAUAGUAUAUGUGUGACUGAUACACAACCAAUUACAGCGUCUGGUUUUCAAUAUAAUUUAACUUAUGUGAUUGACAGAGUUCAUCAUGUCUCCAGUCCAAAAAUGUUUACUCCAUCAGGAACAGGAUACUAUCAUGAAUUUCUUAUAAGUAUGGCAUAUGGUAAAACAGUCCAGUGUAUAGAGAAUUCUUCAGUUUAUGAUCAACACACUGUGAAUGCUUCAAUUUGUCGACAUACGAGAUUUGAGGCGUCCAAUCACAGGCGUACAAAAACAUACUCAAAACCAACAAGACUAGCUGAUCGCCUUAUUCGUAUGGUGCCCAGUAAUGUGACACUAGACUUUUGGCAAGAAGUAAACAAGAAUUUAACAAAAGCAGGUUGGAUGGAAGACAAAUUCGGUAAUGAUUUACAUUAUAUCUUUGCUUCUGAUGAUCAUAGUUCCAAUUGUCCACAUGGACGAACUACAGUCAUUACAUUACGAUGUGUAUUUACUCAGAAUUUUGAAACAUUCAUGUAUCAAAUAAAAGAUUUCAGCGAAUAUAUAACUGGUAAAAUUGAAUUACCACCAUUGUGUCCAGAUGGUACUUGUGAUGGAUGUACUUAUCAUUUUCUAUGGACUUCAAUGUAUGCUUGUCGUAUGUGUCAAGAAAAUGAUUAUGAAAAAAUUCUUGGUGAGUGUAGUUAUGGUCGUAGACAGGUUCAUCUCCGUCCUCCAUGGGAAUGUCGUGUUCCACUGGACAGAAAUCUUACCCUCAUUGAAAGUUGUCCACUUCUGUCUAAAUCUCAAACAGCCGCCGUUCUAUUGACUGUGAUAAUUUUAAUUAUUUUAGGAUUAAUCAUCUUCAUGUGUCAUCGUCGAAAUAAAAAACUAGAAUAUAAAUACAUGAAACUUGUUCAAAGUACAUCGGGGAAAAAUCAAGUAACUAGUUGUGCAUUGGAAGGUGACGGUGAUAUGGAUAAAGGAGGAAGUAUAUAUUACACUACAGUGAAUAAUAAUAAUAACAGUAAUAAUAAUAAUGACAGUUAUAAUAAAACACGAAUUAAAUCACCUCCAAGUUAUGCUGAUUCAACUGGAAUUGUAUUAGAACCAAAUGAAUUUUUGAAAAAUGAUCAUUUUACACAAAUGGGAUUUAAGGGAUUGCCUAAAGUGAAUCUUCCACCGAUUAUCUACAAAGUGAGAUUAUUUUUGGGGUAUACAUAUAUAUACAUAAAAGAUUUUGAUGCAAUUCAAAGUUAUUUUUCAGCAUAAACUGGCGAACAAUUUAAAAAUCAAAGGUGCAAGACGUUUAAUUGUCCUGGUUUAAAAUGUUUAUUAAAUUACCUUACGACCUAAAACUACGAGGUUUGAUCUUAUGUAAGGUCAUGUAUGUUUAUAGCGUUGAUAAGCCAAUCCUUCGCCUCCAAGCUUCUUGAUUGUCGGUGAUUCUUCAACUGACAUUAGUUUAUGAUGGAAACGAUCUUCAGAUUAAAUUUAUGUUUCAAAGUUGUAAUAGAAAUUAAUGCACCAAAAAAGAAAAGGCUUUUCUUUAUUACAGUAAAUUUAAUCGUUGCAUCCUUAUUAAAUCUUAUUAUAGAUGUUAUAAUUGUUACAUCGUAAAUCAUACAAUAACCGGUAUCAACUAACAUGAAUACUCUAGUUAAUUUGUAUAUAUAAGUUUUACUAUUAAUAGUUAGUAGUUUCAUCAAUGUAUAAGUCCACUGUUAACUAGAAUCUAUUAAACGUUGUUAUUUACAAUAGAAAGGAUGAAUUUAAACUAUAUCUUAAAUGAACUGAAAUCUAUGUUUAUACUACUGUCUAUUGUAGUCACAUCAUUCUUUUCUCAAUUUAAAGCAAGAAUUCGAUUUAUUUUAGGUUUAAACUAACCUCUGUCUCUAUGUGUUUUUCUCUUUCUUUUUCUUUCUAUAAGAUAGUAUUGGUUUCAUUUUAUUCUGCAUAAAAUUAAGAUCUAUUUUAUUUAUAAUUUAGAGAUAAAAGGCAUUAAAAGAAAUGCAAUACAUUUAAACAAUACAGUUUUAAAUCUUAACAUAAAAAAAUAUAUAUAUCUUUUUUGAUUUCAUUUUUAUCAGUUUGAAUAGUUUAAAAGAAGGAAAGUAUUUAGUAUAUUUAAUUUAGAUACACAAAUACAAAGAUAGAAAAUAAAGCAUUCAAUGUACCAUUUUAAAUAGUGUCAUUUAAUCCAUUGACUCUUUCAUUUUGUCUUUAAUCCCUGAUCUGAUUAGCAUUAAGGUGAAAUUAGAACAUAAAAUUGCUAGAAUAAUGUAAAUGAAUAAAUAUAUGAAUAGUGUGAGUAGACGAAAAGGAGAUAUAAAAUCGAAAAGAAAAAUUGAUUAAAUAAAAGACGAAUUAGUGGUGAUUUAUGGUCUUUUUUAAAAAAAAUUUCUUUUGAAAUAUAAAGGGGGGGUUCAAAAUCUACUUAUAUAAAGUAUAUGCAUACAAACAGCAUGUAUCCACCUAAAUAACUCAUUUUAUUAUUAUUAUUGUUAUAAAUCUUAGGUUAAUAGUGACCAUUAAAAUAUCCGACUUAUAGAGUAAACAAAACGCUAAUUGUAUAUUUUUAAUUAACGAAUCAAUCAAUAAAGAUUGCCUCAUAUCAUUAGUGUUCAUUAUUGUUUAUUGGCUUAUUUCAGUUUGUUUUUCUCAAGUUAAUUAACAUGACUGACAAAUAUUUAAUUGUCUAUGAGUAUACAUUAAUGUAAACGCAAUAGAAAUUAGGAAAUAACAGAAAACGAAAGGGAUCCAUUCAUGAUAUCAAUCUAAACCUUAAAUCGAUUGAAAACUUUAAAUAAUUCAGAAAAUUGAUAUCAGUACAGUAAUUUUAUUAGUGAUGAUUGGAAAUUUCUAAUCUAAUUCAAAAUGUGUACACUGUCGUUAAGGUCUUAGAUUAUUUUUGUAAUAAAUGGUUUGGGCAUUAAUCUCAGAGUUGCUAUUAAUCAAAUGCUGGUAUGCUGUGUGUU